GACCGCGGCGGCCUGAGGGAGAGAGAGAAGCGGUGAGCGCCGGGGCCCCGAGCGCAGUCGCCAUGGACCGCCCUGACGAGGGGCCUCCCGCCAAGGCCCGCCGCCUCAGCAGCUCCGAGCCGUCUCGGGAUGACGCGCCGCCGCCACCGCCACCUCCGCCGCCGCCGCCGCUCAUGCGACUGCCCCUGCCUCCGCCGGAGCAGCGCCCGAGGCUCCAGGAGGAGACGGAGGCGGCACAGGUGCUGGCUGACAUGAGGGGGGCGGGCUUGGGCCCCUCUCUGCCCCCGCCGACCCCCUAUGUCAUUCUGGAGGAGGGGGGAGUGCGCGCGUACUUCACCCUGGGCGCCGGGUGCUCCUAUUGGGAUACCGAUUUCGAGGCGGGGUACGGGGAGGCGGCCCCUACCUCAGAGAGCCUGGAAGCAUACUCUGCUGAGGAGGUGGCCGGGGGGAGCGUGGAGAUUGAUAUUCAGGUGACGGAGCCCGAGCCCGAGCCGGAGCCUGAGACCAGCGGCUAUAGCGGGCAGGCCUUCAAUACCUGUAGCUUAGGGGGACGGGAGUACCAGGUGGUAAGCGGGCUGCCGGGGAAGGAAGAGGCCAUUAUCAUAGUGGAGGAUGAUGAGGAGGAGGUGAAGGAGAAUGUGAGGAAGAAGAGGAGGAGGAGGAGGAGGAAGCAGAGGAAGGUGAAGAAGCCCAGCGGGGAGGUCAAUCCCGAGAAGCUCCAGUACAUCCUGCAGGCCCUGGAGGGCAUUCAGCUAGACCUGGAGGCGGUGAAUAUUAAGGCUGGCAAGGCCUUUCUCCGUCUCAAGCGCAAGUUCAUCCAGAUGCGCAGACCCUUCCUGGAGCGCAGAGACCUUAUCAUCCAGCACAUCCCGGGCUUCUGGGUCAAAGCAUUCCUCAACCACCCCAAAAUUUCAGUCAUGAUCAGUCCACGCGACGAAGACAUUUUCCGCUACUUGACCAACCUGCAGGUGCAGGAUCUCAGACACAUCUCCAUGGGCUACAAAAUGAAGCUGUACUUCCAGACAAACCCCUAUUUCACAAAUACGGUGAUUGUCAAGGAGUUCCAAUGCAACCGAUCAGGCCGGCUGGUGGCUCACUCCACCCCAAUCCGCUGGCACCGGGGCCAGGAACCCCAAGCUUACCUGGGCACCAACUACAGCUUCUUCAGCUGGUUCUCAAAUCACAGCCUGCCAGAGGCCGACAGGAUUGCUGAGAUUAUCAAGAACGACCUGUGGGUCAACCCCGUGCGCUACUACAUGAUGGGAGUAGGCGGCUACAGAGCACACAGAAAGAGGCACGACAAGAGAGAAAGGUUUUCCCAAAUUAAAAAGAGAGACAGAUAUGAGGUGGUGAUCAUGGAUGACUUCGAUGACUAUCAGCUGAUGCAAGAAAUUAUUGGCGAUACCUCAGACAGUGAUUUCAUCACCGAUGACAAUGAGACUGUUCACGACGUCAAGAUCUCUGACUUCAUGGACACCACCGACUGCUUCGAGACCUCGGACAAUGACUUUACUGACUUCAGUGAUAGUUUCUGUGACAGUGAGAGCGUGUUUGAGUGUGAAAGCCCAGACCACCACUUCACCAUCGGAAACAAUGACAGCGCCUAUGAGCACGUGUAUGGUGGUGAGAGCUCCAGAGGUGGCGGCUAUAGCAACAACUUCGACGACAGCAGCAGCGACAGCGACUUCAGAGACAAUGAGACCAGCGAUGAUGAAUUUAAUGAUGGCAACGAAGGCGACAAUGAAGGCAGUGAUGAUGACGGCAAUGAAGGCGACAAUGAAGGCAGCGACGACGAUGACAGAGACUUUGAUUACUAUGAGAAUGUAUUUGAAGAGCCUGAGAAGAGUCUGCUUCACAUCAACAACCUGGGCUACUAUGAAGAUGAGCUACAGGACGUCUUCAUAGAAGAAUCAUCACUGGAGGAAGAUGAGGACACCGAUGACGAGGAAGGAAGUGAGGAGGAGGAGGAGGAAGAAGAGGAAGAAAUGGGAGAAGACUGGGACUCUGACUCUGACGUGGAGGAGGUGUUUCCGGUCCAAAACGCUUGGGCCAACCCCCGUAAGAGGGGCACCACCGGCUAAACAAAUGUUUUCACCCUUGCCAUUGUGGCUACUGCCUCUGUGUCCCUCUCCCCUCCCCCCAUUUGCCCUCCCCCUCAGCUAGGGCCUUGAGGCUCCACAUUGCACUUCUGGGGGGUGAUCAAGUUCGUACACGGGUUUGAAGUUUAUUUUUAUGGUUUAGUAAUUGCAGAGUUCUUAUUUUGGGAGGAGGGAAAGGGGUCUCCCCCUUCCUAUCAGCCCCCCUCCCUCGCAGGCUUCUGUGUGCUGCUACGUAUUUAUUGUGAUGCCUUGGCCAUGGCCCCUCUGCCCCCCUCCUCGUGCUGUGUGGAGUGAACACCCCUGAUCCCGAAGCCGGGAGGGCUGCUGUGGCCUUGGGAUGGCUGCUGCCUCCCAGUUGUCCUAAGUCUCUCUCCUCCUCACUUUGCCACCUGCUGUGCCCGCUAGCCCGCAUCGGUGUCUAUGCAAGGCCGCUUCGCCAUUUCGGUGUUUCUGUCCCCCACCCCCAGAAGCCCUGCUCAUUCCCUGUGAACCCUGUAAUCCUAAUAAAAUUCCCAGCAAAUUCAAA